AUGUCAGAGACACUUAAAGAAAAGGAUUUGGGCGCGGCUACUGAAGCAAAAUUUAUUGCUACUCUCGAUGAUGCAGCAUCGCCAACCGAUCAGCAACAGGCGCAACAGCAGGAGCAGCCGACUCUCCAUGGCGCACGGCUCUGGACACUGGUGGCUGGCCUCUAUCUGGGCCUUUAUCUGCUAGCACUAGAACUCACCAUGCUGGCAACAGUCAUCCCGACGCUCACUGACGAAUUUCAUACCGUGUCCGACAUAUCGUGGUACGAGGCCGCCUACGUCGUCACUCUCUGCGUCUUCAUCCCGCUCGUGGGCCAGUUUUAUGAGCAGCUGCGUAUCAAGCACGUCUACUUGACCUUUAUGCUCAUUUUUGAGGCGGGGCUUGUCAUCUGCGCCACGGCCAAGUCAAGCAAAAUGUUCAUCAUUGGACGAGCAGUCAACGGAUUGGGGUCAUCGGGCCAGUUUAGAGGCACGAUGCUGAUGAUUGGAUCAGCCUGCCCGGACAAGAUUCGACCGCUGGUGACUGCGGCUGCCGUGUCCAUGAUAUCUGUGGGAUCCAUGACCGGGCCAGUCAUUGCAGCAGUGUUGACGGCUCGAGCUGGCUGGCGUUGGUGCUUUUGGAUGCUUUUACCCAUGGGCGGCCUCGUUAUCCUCUUUUUAUUCAUGAUGAGACUUCCUGAACCGAGCAACAAGCCUCCGAUGCUUCAAGCGCUCAAGGCUUUGCCUACAAAGAUUGAUCUUGUAGGUUUCGUCCAAUUUUCAGGGGCCGUUGUCAUGCUGCUUUUUGCUCUCACAUGGGGCGGCAGCAAGCUACCUUGGUCGUCGCCCACGAUCAUCGGGAUGCUGUGCGGAGGCUUCGCUCUGCUCCUCGUCUUUGGGUUCUGGGUACGAUACAAGAAGGAGGGCGCGUUGAUCACGCCAUCGUGCUUGAAACAGCCUUCGAUCUAUAUAGGCGGACUUAUGGGCGACGACCCCAGCGCAAGCGCCGUGCACCUGCUGCCAUCUCUGGGGACCAUGAUCGUUGCACUCAUAUUAUUCGGCGCCUUGGUGCGAAAAUCCCAAUAUGUUCCACCUUGGGCGAUUGCCGGCAGCUUAGUUAGCUGUAUCGAUGCAGGAUUGUUCACGACACUUACCCCAGACUCUUCGGUCGGCCAUUGGGUUGGCUACCAAAUCAUCACGAGUCUUGGGCGUGGAAUAUCAUUUCAAGCUCCAAUUACGUGUGUGCAGGAAUUCGUGCCUCCCUCUCAGGCUGCUAUGAGCAUGUCGGUUAUCAGUCUUUGCAUGCAGCUUGGUCUCGCCAUUUCUGUUUCGGCGUCACAGACCAUUUUUGCAAAUCAACUCCCUCCACUACUACGCCACUAUGCCUCAGAGGUCAACAUUACCAUGGUCCAGGAAGCAGGCGCUACCAAUGUGCAGGGGUUGAUAUCCUCUGAUCAGUUUCCAGGGUUCUUGAAGGCUUAUAAUCAAGCCGUGACUGAAAUGUUUGUGAAUAUACCGUACUUGAUGCCCUCUCGAAGAUUCUUGUGA